AUUUUAGUAUAUGUUGUACACCGGUUUUUCCAGUUUAUGAAUUAAUUGAUGAGGAUAGACUUUGGCGGAAGAAUUAAUUUGAAGACAUAAUAUAAAAAAUUAUUAAAACAUGAAUAAAAAAUAGAAAGAUGUUUGAAGAGUUUUUUAUUUUUCUAUAGCUUUGAUUUGUUUUGAUGGUUUUAUUCCGAUGAGUAGGUUAAAUUCGCCUUGAGUUCAUCUUUUGGUUGGUAUCAUAGCUUAGCCAACUCAUAACUACACAAUUUAUUGAAGUCGAUUUAUUCAACUCCUAAAUACUUCAGACUGUAAUGUUGAUUACAUCACUUUCAAUAGAAUGCGUUGACUAAUCUAUGAAAGAAGGGACAUGAGGAUCUAACCUUGUUGCUUGCCCAAAACUUUAAAAUUUGAAUGAAUCUCCUUUUCACAAUGCAUCCACAUAAAAGAGAUAUAGCCCAGCGAAACCAAAGCCGGAUUCUUAAAAACAGAACGUAGCUGAGGGCUCUUGAUAAAAAGAAAUUGCCUUGAUAAUAACACAGUAUAUAGAAUAAUUAUAUUUUUAUUUUUAAGGGCAAAUCUUCAAAGUAGGACAUUUCUAAGUUUAUGUCACAAAAAUAGCUCUCAAAAGCUAAAAUGACCAAAAUAGCAUUUUAUUUUUGAAUUUUUUUAUUUUAUUUUUUAAAAUUUGAAAUCUUAUCCCCAAAAUCUCAUUCCCCAACUCUAAACCCUAAAAACUAAACUCUAAACCCUAAACUCCACCCCUUAACUCUAAACCCUAAUGUCUAAAUUAAUUUACCAUUGAGAUAUAAGUGUAUAUUUAUCUCUUUUGAUAAAACAUUAAGUGCUAUUUUGGUCAUUUUUAUUUUUAGAGACUAUAUUUGUGACAAAAAAAAUUUUAAUGCUAUCCUAGUCAUUUUUUCUAUUUUUAAAUCUGUUUUUAUUUUUUGACAAUGUCUAACAUAAUAGAUAGUAUUAAUUAUUUAUUAAGAGUAACAUAGACAUUAGUCACUCUAACUUUUAACACGAGAUCUCGAAUGUUAAAAAUCACUUAAUAAAUAAUAAUUUAGAUAUAUUUGAUAUAUUUUAUAAAUAUUGAAUAGUUUGGAUGGUUCAAAUAGAAAGAGAGAUAAAUCAGAUUAUUUCAAUUAUUUUAAAUACACCAAAUAAUUUGAAAAUAGGUAAAUUAAAUAUUUUAGUUUUAAAAUAGUUUUAAAUCUAAAUUAUAUUUUUUAGUAUUCAUUUGAUUUUUAACUCCAAAUAUUUUGGAUGUUAGAAAUAUAAAAAUAGUUAUUCUUAUUUUUGGUUUAGUUUUGUAAUUUGGUUUGGUAUUUAAUUUGCCAUGUCUAGUUUGAUUAACAAAAUAAUAAAAUUGAUCCAGGUAUAAGGAUCUCCAAAAAAAAGGCAAACGGAAAUGUCGAACCCGUGACUUGAAGGUAUUGAGACAGAACAUUCUUUGGCUUUUCUUUCUCUCUCUCACACAGACAUCAUCCUCAUCACACCCUUUCCUGGCACGCUCACAUUCACCACCUCUCUUCUAUUCUUCUUUCAUGGCUUCUCUCUCAGAUCUGAUCCACCAGUUGCACUUCUUUGUUUUCCAAUCUUAAGAUCCAAACCUCUCGCCCAAAUCAGUCGUACCUAACCUCACGCGCCACCGCCAUGUCCACUCCACCACUGCUCCCUGUCACCAAUCAGCAAGCUGUUCAAUCUCAGCCACCAAUCAACACUCCCGCCUUCCAUACCUUCUUCUCACGCCUAUCCACCUCGAUCCGCGACGGCUUAUCACAACGCCGCCCAUGGGCAGAGCUCGUCGAUCGGAGCUCCAUGGCGCGACCUGAAUCCCUCACCGACGCUUUGUCACGGAUCCGGAAGAAUCUGGCCUACUUUAAGGUGAACUACGUCGCCGUCAUUCAAUUAUAAAGGAGGAGAAACAGAGGAAGUUGAAACGAAACCAUCAAGGAAUGAGUUAAGAAAAUAAUUGAAUGAGGGAGUGUGAGUUGUGUGUGAUAACGGUGAAUUGCAGUGAGUCCUCCAAACUGCGAAGAAAAAAAGUUGACGGAUAAUUAUGUUAUCAGAGUUUAGGUUUUUCUGAGUUGGGGUUCAAGUGGGCCACUGAAAAUUAUUAUUGGCCCAGAGAUGUUAUCAGAUUUUCAUACUUGUCGACUUGAGGCUGUUAUGACGUGACAGAAUAAAACGUUUUUAUUGGCUUGAAUUAAUUGCUGACGUGGACAACCUCUCUACUCCUCAUAUAACCCUUUUAGUAUUAGAUAGAUUAUGGGCUUUAUUUUGCUUAUAUUAUUGGUCAACUUGUCAAAAGUAAUGUUUUAUCCAAAUAUUUAUAAAAUUAUUUACUAAGAUGUUUUGUUUUCAAUUUGUCACUAAUCACUUAAUAAAUGGUUACUAAAAGUCAGUAUAUACCUAACUAGUAGACAGUUAAUGACAUAUUAAGGAUCUAACCAUAAUCAAUUGUGGCUAAAUAUGAAUACUUGUUUGCGAAUUAGGUGUUUAUUAAGUUUUUUUCUUUGAUCUUUUUGGGGGUUUUGAUCAAAUAGGUUAUGAUAACUAUUAUCACAACUCUAGUCUCUAACCUCGCAUCCAUGUCCAUGUCACACGAAGGCAGAGAGAGAUGAAUCGAAGUUUUAGGGCACAAGAGUCGUCUCUAUUGCUGGAUUCAGCAGCAAGGCAGAGACAAACAACAGCUUAGGCUUCUAUGAUGGCUGAGAAAGAUGAAGAGCUUUCUUUGUUUCUGGAGAUGAGACGGCGUGAGGAAGAACAGGAUAGUCUCCUUGUGAACAACCCUCAUGACUUUGUGAGACUCCAUUAGGUAAAAUUUGAAUGUCUUCUGUUUUUUUUUUGGGUAAGAGAAGCUUUGAUUAGUUUAUUGAUGGGUUUGAAUCUUUAGGUUCAAAGCCUGGAACUUCACCAAUGUUUAACAUCCCAAGUGGUGCUCCUGCACGGAAGACAGGUCCCCUUCCUGAUGAUUUCCUCAGUUCUGAAGGCGACAAAAAUGACUAUGAAUGGCUUCAGACUCCUCAAGGUGAACCAGGCUGGUGAUUCAAAGGGCCGCCCAGCUACAUUGACCUCUAGGCUGGCGAGUUCUUCAACAGAGAGAGCAUACGGAAGAAACCAUUUAACAUCUAGACACCCAACUUCGUCUCCUGUAGCAAGUCGGAGACCUUCAUCAUCUGGAGGACCUGGAUCAAGACCAGCCACGCCUACUGGAAGAUCAUCAACACUGACAACUAACUCAAAAACCUCAAGGCCUUCAACACCCACUUCAAGAACCACAGUCUCCUCAACUACUCGACCUUCUAUGACUAAUUCUGCAAAGACAAAAUCUACGCCUAUGAGUAGGCCAAUAAGUUCAUAUAGGCUCACACCUACGGCAUCUAAACCAACUACUUCAACUACUAGACCUGCUGGUUCAACAGCUAGAUCUACCUUACUAGCACCGCCACAAAGUCUGCAGGUCCUGUGUUGAUGGGAGAAAAAAAUGGUGGAGAGAGUGAUAAACAUGCGGAAACUGGCUCCUCCCAAGUUAAAUGAAAAUGGUUCUCCUCAUGGUAACUUAUCUGCCAAGUCUCUGUCACCAGAUAGUGCAGGAUCUGAAAGAACUCUCUCCAAGAAGUCCCUUGAUAUGGCGGCUAUAAGACAUAUGGUGCGUCAUCGCUCUCUAUCUUUCUCUCUUCCAGGGUAGUACCUAAACAUCUAGAACCACUUCUCAAUAAUUUCCGGCUAAAUUCGAACAUAAAUGUCAUAAUAUAUAACCUGAUAGGGCAUGAUUAUGUUAAGAAUAACACAUGAAAUCUCUCAACUGCUAAUAUAACACACACAUAAUGUAAGCAA